AUGGACGUAGAGCUGUACGUCUACGACCUCUCCAAGGGUCUCGCCCGCCAGUGGUCCCUUCCCCUAACGGGAACGCACAUCGAUGCCAUCUACCACACCGCCAUCGUGCUCAACGGCGUGGAAUACUACUUCGGCCAUGGCAUCCAAACCGCCUCUCCGGGGAGCACACACCACGGCCAGCCCAUGGAAAAGGUCCAUCUGGGGCGGACAGAGCUGCCACCGGACGUGAUAUCCGAGUACAUCGACUCACUAGGCGACAUCUACACCCCAGAGGCAAGUCCCUCAGCCCAUCUUAAAUACCCACCACAACUAACAACCACCCAGUCCUACGACCUCUUCCUCCACAACUGCAACAACUUCACCCAAGACCUGGCCAUGUUCCUCCUGGGCCAGAGCAUCCCCGACCACAUCCGCAACCUGCCCCAGACCUUCCUCAGCACGCCGCUCGGCCAGAUGCUGAAGCCCCAAAUCGAAGCCGCCCUGCGUCCCGUCACCCAGGCGCCCACCAGCACACCAACCCCAACCCAAACCCCCAGUAAAGUCCACCAGGUCACCAGCCUCGCGCAACUCGACCACGAGCUCGACCUAGCCCGCCACACCGCCGCCCUCGUCUUCUUCACCUCAGCGACCUGUCCGCCCUGCAAAGCCCUCUACCCACUCUACGACACGCUCGCCGAAGAAGCCGGCCCCAAGGCCCGGCUCAUCAAAGUGGACAUCAGCGGCGCCUACGACGUAGCCAUGAAACACGGCAUCACAGCCACGCCAACCUUCAAAACCUACCUCAAGGGCCAGGAAACCGAGACCUGGAGCGGGGCCAACGCAUCCCAACUCCAGGGCAACCUGCGACUGCUGCUCGCAAUGGCCCACCCAGCCCACCCGCACCGCAACCUCUCCCUCCCGACCUUCCAACAGCCCGCCACAUACAUCCAAUACAAGUCCCUGCCCCCACUCCCCAAACUCAUCCAGAAACUGCCCCAGGACACCCACGCCAACAAGACCCUCACCUCGAUGACAACCUUCAUCACGCAGUCCCUCCACGAUCCCGACAGUAAAAGAGAAACCCCCCUGCCAUCAGACACCCCCUCCUACCCAACCUACAUCGAGACCUUGCUCCGCGACACACCACCCACCGCGCACUUCGCCGUCAUCGACCUGGCGCGCCUCCUCGUCCUCGACCCGCGCAUCGCAGCCUACUUCGCCUCCCAGCACCCGCCGUCCACGCUGCUAGCCCUAACAGACACAACCCAGGGUAAGGAAACACCCUACAACAAGAUCCUAACCACGCUACACCUCCUCGCAAACCUCGCCUCCACCACGCUCCCCACAACCACCCUCCUCUCCACCUCAGCCCUAUCCACCACGACUCUAGCAACCCUCACCACGGCCUUAUUCCACCCGACCCCCAAAGCCCGGUGCGCGGCCGCCUCCCUCGCCUACAACCUGGCGGCGCAGAACCACAACGCCCGGAUCGACGGGAAGGGAGAUCUCAUGGCGGAGGACGACCAGGUGUCGCUAGUGGCGGGGCUGGCGGAGGCGAUCGCGAACGAGACGGAGAGCGCGGAGGCGUUGCGCGGGUUUUUGAUGGCGUUGGGACUGUUGGUGUAUGAGGGGAAGGUGGACGGCGAGUGGUGGUGUGUCAAGCGAGAUAAGAUCCGAAGGGCAUCAGACAGUAGCGGUGAGAUGACAGCUCGGUGA